AUGGACACGAAAAGCAUCAAAAGCAUCAACUUGGACGAUAUUUUCCCGUCUGAAACCGUACACGUCGAACAUACGGAAAAACGUUCUCAUACAACUACUACCCAUACUGAGAACGUAUCAAGCUACUCGUCGACGUCUGUGAUUCAGAAUUCUCAUUCGAUUCAUAGUGUGGAGGUACAUCAGGCACCGGAACCUAAAUCUCGUACCUCCCUGACAGAAGCAUCGAAGAUGGAGAACAACAACACCAUUCAACAUCGUCACACUAUGAACGAUGAUGAUCUUUUAGCAUCGAUUUUUGAUGCUGUAAAACUUCCGGAUGUUCACUACACUCAGGAUCACCAUUAUGCUAUCCAGCACAUUGAUGAUGCUUUAGCCGGUGAAGAGACUGACUAUCAUUACGAUGAAUCAUCUGUGAUCAGUGAAAGUCAUCGCUCAUCCACAAAUACAAAUUAUACCACAAAUACUUCAACGGCUGGUAUAAGAAAUGUGUCUAAUCGCGUAGCUGAAUCGGUGAUGCAACAAGCAAUGGACGACUUACAAUUGGUUUCACAGGAUGAAUCCGAUUACGCAAAUGAGCCAACGACGAUAGUGAAUCAAGAAAAUGGUCGUUAUGAACCGUAUUCAAUGUAUUGCACUUACGUGGAUUCACCUCGUCAGCCAUCAUCACGUCGAGGAACAAAUGAUAAUCGACUACGUACAAUGACGUUGGACAGUUCAGUUUCUGCUACAGAAAGCAGAGUAGGAGGUUUUGAUGUACAUCAUGAUGAUGGGAAUUCUACUGCUGAAGAAAUCAACCUGCAUCAUGAUGAAGUCGCCUAUGUCAGACCUAAACUCCAGGCUAAUCCAGAAACAAAAGCAGCACCUCCGCCAAUAAAUUAUCCAAAAAACACUGGUGAUACGAUCAAACUCCGCAAACUCAAUGCGGAAGUAGCUGUAGCACGUCAACGUCAAGCACAACUCGCUGCUCAGAUCGAACACGAAAAAGCAGAAGUAGAAAGACUUCGUCAAUUCAAACAGCAAAGUUUGGCUAGAGAAGCUGCUGCCAGAUUUCAUCAACAACAAUAUAAGAUUGGAACCGGUGUUGCCGUUCGUUCUGAUAGUGUGUCAACCGAUGGAAAAGCGUCGACAAUACAGGAUACACGCUCUAGUGGAGAUUCGAUAUAUGAUGAGGAACCGGUGAAGAUAAGCGAAAUCGCCGAACGUCAAUUGAACAACGGGAAUACGGUCUCAACUGUUGGAAAUGUUAACAUUGUCGUACCAGAACUAGAGAUAGUUCAAGGAUUUUCCAAGAAUCGUCAAAUCCGUAAAGUGAUCAUUGGUGGACAUCAAGCUCCUACAGAUGAAGAUAAGACGAUACUUCUAUUUGGACCGGUCGGUUCCGGCAAGACAUCAACAAUAAACAGCAUGCUAAACUAUUUGUAUGAUGUGAAGAGAGAGAAUAAUUUCAGAUUUGCACUUAGUGAAGUGACUAAGAAAACCGAGGCACUUACUGCUUACGUAAUUAACAACACCGUCUUACCAUUCAGUGUAACAAUUGUUGAUACACCAGGUGUUGUAAAUAUACAUGACAAUACGGCCGUUUCAACACUCAUCAAAACGUGGUUCGAACAGGAACUCCGAGAAGCUGGAGCUUUCCGACUGGAUGUGAUUUCCAUCGUUUUGUCCCAUAACGAGAGGGCACUCGGAUGGCCGUUCAUCAAUGAAUUGGCCGCCGUUAAACAUAUGCUUGGGGAUGACCUCAAAACGAACGUUUUACCAAUAAUUACUAAUUCAGAGGUUCUGCCUCAGCCCGUUGCAGUUCGUUCCUUGGCGUUAGCGAACAUUUCGUUUGUUGAGUACUACAAAUGCAACAAUCUUGGAUUUAUGCCAAAUGUAACUGAAAUACCAAAACUGCAACACAAUUUGUUCUUCAGCCAUGGCAUGGCAUCUCUUGAAGCUUAUUUCAGAGAUCUUCAAGAGCUUAUCCAUCCACUUCUUGCAAUUCUACGAGGAGCAAAACGUUCUCCUUCAAACUAUUCGUAUUCUGACACAAAUCUUUACUAG